CGAAGCAGCCCAGCCGCUCGCUCACUCGCUCUCCCCUGCCCGCCUUCUGACUUGUAUUCUCAGCAGCUGCUCAGGAGGCAAAGUGUCAUCAGCCAGUUAAAUCAAGAAGAGGGGGAAAAAAGUGGGAGGAGAUCCGGAGCUCAGAGAGAUCCCAAACGCGCUCAGAAGAAUGAACUCGGCACAAAGUGGUCUUCUUUUUAUUAUAAGUAUUGCACUGUGGUUGUUGCUGUGCUCAGCUGCACCCCUGCCUGAGUUUUCUGGGGACCCAGGAUUCCAGCAAUUUAUCCGGAAAAACCAGGAAUUUGUCACCAAGAUAAGGAAUGAAGUCUCAGAAAUGAAGGAGCUUGUGCGUGAUGAAUUUAAGCUUGGCAGUGAUGCGGAGUUGCUGCUGGUACAGGGGCUCCUAGGCAUUGAGCAAGUGGAUCAUUCCCAUUGCUGGAAACAAACCUGUGACAUGGAAGGUUGCUUCAACCAGAUACGGGCAGGCCUCCACACUUACUAUGGCUACCUCUCACACAUUAGCCACAUCCUACCAAAUCAGGCUAACAGAGUGGCCAGUCUCCAGCUGGACAGCUCAAACCUCUCCACCAAUAUCCAACAGCAGAUGCAAGAAAGUGGCCUGAGCGCCGUCACCUACCCUCAGCCCGAAAGCCAACCUACUUUUGUGCAAACUCAACGAGAAAUUGGAAGUUAUCUCGUCCUCCGCAACUUCUUGAAAUUCAUGGAUAUCACUUACCGGGCUCUGAGGCACUGCAGUGCAUAAUGGGCAGGACAAGAGGGAAGAUGCUCCCAAAGAUGUCCGUGGGGGGCGGGAUAGAGAGAAGGGCCCCUGGCAAGCCUCAUUGCUUCCAAUGGGUCUUCUGUUGUCUAAGAAGCAGACUGAAGGGAGGAGGGGUCUUUCUUCCUCAGUGGACUGCUCUGAAAGCAUUUUAGCUUCUUAAUUUUAUUAUUUAUUUAUUUUAAAGGCGUCCAGGUGAUAUUUUUUAUUGAAAGAGGUAUCAAAUAAAAAUCUAGUAGCAAACAACACCCCCACCCCCGUAAUUGCAAAAAGGAGCUAGUUUGAUGGCUGACCUGUUGGUGUUUUCCUCCUUCAUUUUCAAUCAACAGGAAAUAUUUGCGGUGACUCCCUUGUACUGAACUAAUCUUUUUUACAUUGGUAGCCAAAACUGGUACUAAAUUCUAAUCCUUAACUAAAUGCAUGCAAACCUCUCUACAUUUGGCAGAAACUCUUGAUGGACUAUGUUAAAUUUCCUGCCCUUAGGAGUUUCUAAACACUGGCUAAACAUCUUAAGAGGCUAAUACAGGGAGGUUUGUAGCAACAUGUUUUCAGAUGUGCAAAGUUAACUGGAGAGUCUUUCUGCAAAAGCUGUAGUGACAGACUAUUGAUAGAGGGAUUAAUGAGAUGUCAAGCAUUUGGCAUUAACAAAAAAGGGCUCAUUCUUCAAAUAUUUUUUAACACGACAGUGUUGGAUAAUUUCAGAAUAUUUGUUCACACUGUUUGCAUGGAAUAUCUUUUAGGUGAUUAUUUUUAUGGGAUAAUCGCUGCUGAAAUACCCUUUGCUGAUAUCCUAAUGGGGUCCUUUUAAAUUUUUUUUAUUUAAUAGGUUUAUUUAUUUAUUUUUUAUUUAUUGCGUUUAAGCAACCCCAGUGAAUUCUAAAGUUGGUCUGUGAUUCUUUCAUUUCUUGGUACUAUAGUAUUUAUAGUUUAUUUAAUAUUUAUAUGCAUGCUAUCAGUGAUGGGAUCUUUGUAUUGUUGAAGAAAUUAUCAUAGACAAUGGGGUCUCAGCAAGGCUUGAAUGUGGUAAUACAGUCUUGCUGUGGCACAUCUGUCCAGAUAUACCAUGUUAAACUACUGUUUAAUAUUUAAACAUAAAAGUACUGGCUGUUGGUAGCUGGACCAAAUGUCAAGGUGGUGAACAAGGAUAGUUCUUUGACCACCUUUGCUAAUCUCUUGGGCACACUAUGUAGUGCAAUGUCUUCUUUUGUAGAUAGAUAGUGCUUAACAUUGGGUUGGAUCCAGCUUUAGUUCUGAUAAGAUGAAACUCAAGUGAAUUUGAGAUAAACACAACUAACUGAAGCCCCAUUGCUUUCGAUGGGUUUACACUGAGUGGGGUGGAAGCUGGAUCCAAUCCACAAAUGGCCAGUAGCUAUAGGCUUCUGAUGCACAUUGAGACAGGGUUAGUAUAGAGGUGAGAAACAUUACCUUUUUGGAUUACAGUUCACCUAAUACGUACAGUGCAGGUUGUAAUCUGAAAAGUAACGUGUCUCAUUUCUGGAUGGGUAGAUAAGAUUUUUGAAAUGGCUAGCAGAACUGGAUGCAGCCAUUAGACCCCCCCCUUUAGCAACAUUUUGGCCUGAGAUAUUCUUCUCUACCGGGGGCAAUCCAGCACCUGCCUAACCUUCCAGAUAUUGCUGGACUACAGUUCCAUGUUAGUCAUGCUAGAUAAGGCUGAUGGGAACUGAAGUUAAACAUCUAAAGCAGUGCUUUCCAUCUUUGGGUCCCAGAUGUUCUUGGACUACAGCUCCCAGAUAUCCUGGUCAACACAGCUCUUGGUGAAGGCUUCUGGGAGUUUUAGUGUAAAGGCUAAGGUUGGGACCCAAGGUUGGAAACA